UUUUUGUUCCUCGCACAUCUGUGGAAGGAACCUCAGGAAGAAAGAAAGAAAGAUGGAGAAGAAGCAGAGAUCAGAGAUAUCGUCAACGGAAGCUGUUCUUCUCGGAGCUCUAGCACCAGGCGUCAAUGCUCCAACAUGGAACGCUCUGAGAUUCGCGUUUCUUCUGCUGGGUCUCUGUCUCACUUUCAUGCUCUCCAUAGCUUUCACCAGUGGCCAAUCCAUGUUGCUUUUUCACGUAGGCUUCCUCAUCGUAAUCGCAUCUUCCCUCUUUGUCCUCCUCAAUUGGUUUCUUGCUCAGACAGGGUUAGUACCAGUUGAGACACAGAUGCAGGAGCUGAACUUGGCACCUACUACUGAUAAAAGCAACUGAUCAAGCACAAGUUAUCUUUUUAGUUACUCUGACGCAGACACAAAAGUAACUUAAAGCAAAUACGAGGACUGGAUUUUGGUGCAACCAGAAAAAAAUCCUGUUUUUAGAGGAAGUAUAUAAAAUCAGCUUUUACUUUCCUCAAACUCUUUUCUUGGUUUCCCCCUCUUGUUGUUUUAUUUUCUUUCUUUGGCUUGAUGGAGGAUGCAGAAGCAAGCACAAACAGCUAGGGAACUACACAAGAUCUUGAUCAGGGUUUGGUUUGCUCAUUCUCCAACGUUAGCUCCUUUUUCUUUGUUUGUAAUUCCCAGAUUAAGUUUGUUCCUCCCAUAUAAGAAGAUGAUUAUUAUUGGACACUGAUUCUUCUUA